CCAGCGUUGUAUGGCUAAUUAUCAUGUAUUUUCUAGAUAUGGUCGCAUUUAUCUUCACGCUCACAACGGGUGCCAGCCCUAUUUAAGUGACGAGUUGCCCCGUCCAAAUACAAACCACACACACAAUUGACUACUACUCAUAACAUGGAUAAUUCUAGCGUCUCCUUCACAAACAAAGAACCAGGCAUCAAGCCUGACAUGGUGUUGAAAAACUUUGCCAAAAGCUACGACACCCCACCCCCCAACACCUACCAGAACUUCAUCAGCGGCUUGGGGUCGUUGUUCGGCAGCUGCGGUGUCUUCUGUUGUCUCUGCUCCAACCCCUACAAGCAGGUCGACCAGGGUGAGGUCGGGUUGGUCCAGACCUUUGGUGCGUUAUCCAGAACCGUGGAACCAGGGUUGUCCUAUGUCAACACCUGGAGUGAGAAAUUGACCAAGGUCAGCAUCAAGAUCAACAUCAAGGAGAUUCCAGCCCAGAAGUGUUUCACUCGUGACAAUGUCAGUGUGAUCAUCACUUCGGUGGUCUACUAUAACAUUAUCGACCCCCAAAAAGCCAUCUACUCCAUCUCCAACAUCCACGAGGCCAUCACCGAAAGAACUCAGACCACCUUGCGUGAUGUAAUUGGUGGAAGAAUCUUGCAGGAUGUCGUCGAAAAGCGUGACGAAAUCGCCGAAAGCAUUGAAGGCAUAAUCGCCAAGACCGCAUUCGACUGGGGUGUCAACAUCGAGUCCAUCUUGAUCAAGGACUUGACCUUGCCCGAAAAGGUUCAAAGCUCGCUUUCCAUGGCUGCCGAAGCUAAGAGAAUUGGUGAGGGUAAGAUUAUCAACGCCAAGGCUGAAGUUGAAAGUGCCAAGUUGAUGAGAAAGGCCGCCGACAUUUUGGCCUCCAAGCCUGCCAUGCAAAUCCGUUACUUGGAUGCCAUUCAGAACAUGGCCAAGAGCCCUGGAACCAGAGUUAUCUUCAUGCCUUCGGCUCAGGAAGUCGAAAAGAUCUCGUCAGGUGUUACUGAAAACUCGCCCAAGGAUAAGUUGGUCAACUAUGAGGAAGAUGAAGACUGGGCUGCAACCCAACUCUCCCCUGCACCAACUGGAAUCCAUAACUCCAGACAAGUUGCUGAUACCGUUGCAUUGCAAGAAGCCUUAAAGUAAGCCUUUUGAGAGGAGUUUAGGGCCCUGAUCACCGGUUAACCAAUUAUUCCAAACGACAAGAAUUUUCCUUUAUCUUCAAUAACUUCAAUGGGCUUCUAUUGAGUUUUCUUUACUUUUCAGAACGUCUAUGAUGACGCCGCUAAUGAUAACCUACCAUCGCUUGAUACGAUUGUUUUAAUAACUGCUUAAUAUAAUAAUAUGCCGAUUAUCUGUAGUAGGGAUUCCAAGGGAUUCU